AUGCACUUGCUGCUGUGGAAACUAGACGAGGUGUAUGACAAGCUGGUGGACGCCAACCCAAACAUGGCAGUGUACAAGAAGGAAGAGAUUCCCACGCGCUUCCAUUACCAGCACAACAGCAGGAUCAUGCCCAUCAUCCUGGAGGCCAAGGAGGGCUGGACCAUCCUGCAGAACAGGACCGGGUCCUUCAUGUUGGGAAACCACGGCUACGACAACACCCUCCGCAGCAUGCAGCCUGUGUUCGUGGCUCGCGGUCCAGCCUUUCGCCAGAAUUACAUGAAAACCUCCAUGCGCUCCGUGGAUCUCUACCCCCUCAUGUGCCACAUCCUCUCUGUGCGCCCUCUUCCGAACAACGGCUCCCUGUCGAACGUUCGGGACCUGCUGUACCCGGAGCUGGCUCCCCCCACGCCCAGCGCCCCUCCCAGGGUCGAAGGGCACUCCUACGCCCCUGUUGUGGGGUCUUUCAUCAGCGUGGUGAUGGUGUUGGGCUUUCUCAUGUUCUACAUCGUACACGUGACGCUCAUGCAGCUGCCGUCGCUGAAGCACAGACGCAGGGAGAUGUCGCAGCCCUUGCUGCAAGAGGACUUGCACCUGUAGCCGAGGAGACAGAAAGGAUAGCAGACGUAAAAAGAAGAGGUAUCGCUCCCCAAGGUAGUCUGCUCUGCCCAGAAGCAUCCCCUAAAUGCCUACUCUACACAAGUAAUUUGCCAUUGUGCUGCUCCUUUAUUAGAUGGAGAGCAAGAGAAUUGAAUGUGACCUUGCAAUCAUGUACAGAGCUUUGCCCAAAGUGUGAGGGGGAUGUGAAGGGUUUGCUUCUGGUGUAGGAUCAAAAUAAUAAACCUUUACAUGGGCUUUAUAGUGGCUUUGCUUUGAUUGUGAAUUUUACCUAAUAGCUCAUUGUUUUCAUUGUCACGUACAAAGUAAAAAAUAAAUUAACAGCUGAGUGGGGAUUUUAACCUGUGAUUCUGGCAAGAAGGAAGCUUUGGUGGCAAAAACCUUGACUUGGAUAGGAUAGGAUUGGAAGCAAUAAUACAACUGCGCACACUUUCAGACAAUCUGUCCUUGAUGGCAUUCAUAGUGUUGCACUCUUGUGUGCUGCAGGAAAUGUGUGAAGAAAAGUCAAAUGUAGCUCGUUGUCUUUCAGAAGAAAAAGGAGAUUGUUCAGGUCAGACACAUUCACAACAACAGGAGAUGUUCUGGAGUAGUCAGACAAUAAGUGGUGCAUGGGUAGAAUAUUCAAGAGGCACGACAUGAUGUGGAAAUUCCUCCGUGGAAAUCACUGUGUUUCUGUUAACAUCACAUCGACACAGGCGUGGACCCUUCUGGCCAAGAGCUGUGCAAUCUUGUCAUCUUUCCAUGUUGACAUCUUUGUCGCCAUGUUCUAGGUGUACGACACCUCUUUUCGAUCCUUAGAUAUUUGUAUUCUUCCAGUUUCGCAUCGCUUGUUUGAAACGUUCCCAUGGUGAUUUUUCCAACAAUUUUCCUGCUGUUUUCUCACAUGGGCUCACUCCAUGGCUCAGACAUUUCACCUGGGGGCUGGCAGGAAAAAGUCCAGAGCAACUCACUCUGACAUUUCUCACUGGAAAAUCUCAAGAAAACUUCAGUGCGUGUCAGCAGCUCUAGUAAAGUUCAGUCAGACAACUCACGUUCAACCGUUUAUUGCAGCAGUAGAACAGGUUUGUGUUCAGCGUCUAGGCUCCGACUCAAUCAUUCCCCCAAUAUGAUUAUACAGAUAUGAUGGGAAUGACGAGUAAAUACUUGUAAACCCCCCCCCCCGAAGCAAAUGGUAGCAAUACUGCAAUAGCAGUGCGAGCAAAGGGGUUAAUGGGAAAUUUCUCUGCUUAAAUAGGCCACCUAAUUAGGUGGGUGUGUAUAAUAGAUGAUUGUGGAGAAUGAGGUAUGUCACAUGAUGUGUGUCACAUGAUUGGAGCAGUGCAGCCUGAACUAGCUCGCGGGGUUCGCUCCAUUAUUUAAUCUUCUGAAGCAUAAUAGCAAGUAGUAGCAGUGAUAUGGCCGGCAGUCAAUAUAGUAUAUUUGAUGAUUUCAAAUUUGUGUUGUCGUAUAUUCUACUGGUGCAUUCACAUCAAACUAGAAGAAACUUUCACGUUGUGUUACUCACGCAGGUUUGGCUGUUGUGUUUACGUGAGUUAACACAACCCACGAAUAUUCGCCCGUUCUCCUCGGGAAAAGAGAGGAGGACUCCUCGCUGCACUACCUGAGCCUGACCAGUGCCUGGUUUGGUCACCUGCUCGCUCAGGACGACUUUGAGUUGACUCAUUUAAUCACACUGAGGAACAAUGUGCUUCGUGAACACAGGAUUAGGGGAUUCAACGCCUUGUCAGAGUUUUUCCCACCAAUUCCUCCACUUGUGCUGAAUUAGAAGCCACUAUGUUAUUAUAAAUGCUGUGAUUAAGCUGAAGUAUUAAAAACUCAACUCGUCUCAGGCGAUUGGCUGGGCUCAGUGUUACUUUUGAAUGUUAGCUGGAUGUACAUGUUCCAGUGAAGGCUCGACCAAUGUGCCAGGCUACUGCUCACACGCGUAGGCCAUUCCACGAGCCGACCACGUCACGACCUUGCUCUUUUAGUAGUCAGCUACCAUUUGCCUUUUAACUUAAACGGAGAACAUCUCUCUUUAUGUGUGUAAUCCUUUGUGUGUAGCGUUUUUGUUUGGAAGAUAUUUUUCUGUAUAGACAACUGUGUGCUCAUCCUCACGUGUCUACUGUCAUAACCAUUGCCAUUUGUUGGUGAAAUGUGAAGUGCAAUUGCUAUCGGUCAGUAUUUUGUCAUUGGGAUAUUAAGGGUUUCGUUGUUGCUUGGUUGAGAAGACUUAUUUCGGCCCCUGAUUUGCACUACAGGACAGAACUGAAACACAGCGAAGGGGCAGCGGUCGGAUGCUAUUUUUUUUUUUUUUAGCUCAUGUACAUUUUGCACUCCUUGUUCGUAGUCGCUAUUUCAAACAAUUAAAAAAAAUUAGGAGCCUAUUGCCAAAAAGCUUUGAUUAAUGUAAGCAUAGAAAGUUGAGUAGAAUCCAAAUCUGUCAGUUAAGUCUGUUUAGGUCUAUUUUAGGAAAGAAUUUGUUCGAUUUUCUUCUCAUGCUUUUAGAUGCAUUGACUAAUACCUGUGCCCAAAAAAAUGACAGACAUCACUGUGAGAAAUUACUUUUUACAAAAUUUAAAUCAAUUGAAAGCAUUUAUAUGGAAAAUAUUAAUUUUCUGAUAAUGUUGUUUUAUGACAGAGGAGUGUUGUCUGAUGAUUUGUCCCCUACAGAGAAAUGAAAUAUAUCCAUACUUUAUUUAAAUAAUUCAUUUGAAAUGGUUAGAAAAGAUUAAAUAUUAGAUCAAGUUUAUAUCAGUUGUAAUUUUACCUUGGAUUUGAAAUGUCGAUAUUUAAUAUGAUUUACAAAUGAACUAUCUUUGCCAUGUUGAUGCAAUUAAAGAGUCUUCUGAAAAUAA